GCACGCUCCCAAACGCGGAAGUCGUCAUCGCGUGUCAGAGCAGUAUGGCAGCCUCCGUCAACGAUACGUGUAAACAAUCAGUAGAACGUACAUCGAUAAAUCCCACGAGUUUUCAAAAGAAGACGAGGAAUAAGUUAUUAAGCAUACCUGGUACAAGGCUCUCGGUGCAAAACGGACAGCUUCUCGUUUCCACUGGUGUUACGUCGCUCGACUAUGUGCUCGGUGGUGGUUUAGCAGUUGGAACAGUACUUCUCAUAGAGGAGGACCGUUAUGAUAGCUACGCCCGUAUGAUCCUAAAAUACUUCCUGGCAGAAGGAGUGGUGUGUCAACAUGAACUCUUCUUAGCGGCGGCUCAAGAUCACCCGAAUGACAUCUUUCAGGAGCUUCCUGACCCCAUUUUAGAUGAUGUUGUCAUGCACAAACCAGCGGACCAGCCGAGGCUGUCUUCUGAGCCUCACGGUAAUUUAGAUGCCAUGAAGAUUGCCUGGCGUUAUCAGAAUCUCCCAAAAGUACAGAGUGGUCUAGCAUCAUCGUCUCGGUUCGGCCACUACUAUGACGUUUCCAAGACAAUGGAGCCAGAAAUCCGCCAGGCAGCCAAGUGCCACCACUUCUACCUUCCAGAACAACCCAGGCAGUCAUCAGCCACACGCAGCCCUGUGCUUGAUUCCUACGCUGCAUUGCUGAAAUCCAUUGAAGAGGUCAUAAGAAGGGAGGGCUUCAGUGUUGCAGCACCUCCGACAAAAUCACGGAAUAUCCUGCGUAUCGGGCUUCACUCACUGGGCUCACCCCUGUGGGGUGAUGACCUGUGUUGCCAGGACAACCCCAAACACAGCCACGCCCUCACUACCUUUCUCUAUGGGCUGCGGGCUUUGUUGAGGUCAUCCCUGUCAGUUGCAGUAGUUACUGUGCCUUCACAUCUUAUCCAGAGCAGAUCUCUAAGGGGAAGCAUAACCAGACUGUGUGACAAUGCCAUAGCCUUGGAAUCAUUCAAAGGCUCGGAGAGGGAGACCGGCCCACUCUGCAAAGAUUACCAUGGCUUGCUCCACGUACGUCAGGUGCCUCACCUUAACUGUCUCACAAGUCAACUGCCUGACCAUAAGGACUUGGCCUUUAAACUGAAGAGGAAACAGUUCAGCAUUGAGCGACUACAUUUGCCUCCAGACUUGUCUGAGACGGUGAGUCGUGUGAGCAGGGCGGAAGCGGCAGGAGCAGCCGCAUUGGCUUCUGCCUGUGGCUCUGGCAACAAGCACCUGGAUUUCUAGAGCUGGAAUGGCUACUCGGCAAGCGACACCUGGAAUGCUGCGGUGACCUGGCUCUUCUUCCGCCCACAUCAUGCCUGACGUCUGCUGCCAAGCUGUUCGAAAUCUGCCAGUUGUCCCUGCAGUCAGCCAAGAACGCCACAAUUACCUCCUUUCAUUUGGACGUGUUUCAUUUCAUUUUAUAUUUUUGUUUUGUGUGUGUAUAUUGACAAUAAAAGCCAACAUCCAAUACGCGCCUGUUAAUGGGAAUCAAUCUCUCUCACUAAACUCUUAAAACUUGCUGGGUCAAAAGAAACCCAAAUUGGUAACAAGGUUUGUGUAACAAUGGGUUAUUAAUUUGACCCACCACGUGGGGUCAACAUUUUCAUCCCAACAAUUAUGAAACAAUCCAGUUGAAGCUGCCAAGAAAUCAUAUCAGUGGUUAAAAAAUACAAAUUGCGUUUUAUAAUUUAACGUCACUAUGACUUUUUUUUUUUUACUGUCUCCAUUCUCAUCAAAUUGCAAAUGUUGGUUCCGACUUUUUAAAUUAUGGUUUUAUUCUUGUAAAAGUACACCUUUUUGCCACAUCUCAUUUCAGCACAAAAUUUCAUAACUGAACCAUUUAAAAUACCCUUUUCCCCCAUAAUUUGACUUUAUUCUCAUCUUGUCCUGGACCUCCUGUUUUUGCCAAACAUACACCUCAAGUAAAGCAAACUAAGACGCACGACCACAUUCUUCUUUCCGGUCGGCAUUGUACCACUGCAACAUCGUACUCUGCCAGAUGGCGAAUCGCCUUGACCUUUUCCUCAUUGUAUACUCAGAUUGGAUGCGCCUCACAUCAAGUCCCGUUUGUUAUUCACAUUGGAAGUGUCGCUCUGACAUUUGUCUUCAUUUUUAAAGAAAGGAAGGUGGAAUUGCGUGUUCGGUGAUGGUGGCCUGUAUACAGAAGGACGAGGGUUUGAUUCCUUUGUUUUGUUUUUACUCCAUCUAUCUUUCCUCAGAUUUUGCUCAUUAGGGUCGCAGGUCUAUCCCAGCUGACUUUGAGCAAGAGUACUGUACUCCCUAGACUGCAGUGAUGAGAAGUAACAAACAAAUUGUUUGUUAAUGUGUUAGUAUGGAUACAUAUUAGCAUGGAUAACAUCAAGAUAUAGAUAUAACACUGGUGAGUCCAACAGUAAGCUGCCGUCAGUGUUUCAGGCCAGCCCAGUCCGAGUCGUUGAUAACAGCCAAACAGUAUCAAGAAUGAACUUACUGUUACAAUUCUCCACGAAGGUGCUGCAAACCUGACACAGAGCCAAAUACAGAAUAAAUAAAUAAAUAAAACUAGGUUGUAUACCUUUCAGUCCUACAGAUCUCAAUGACAGAUUGUUUUUAUUUUACCAUUCACCACACUGUAGAUGUAUGGGUUGUUUGGGGGGUGGGGGGUGGGGGGGGUUGUUGUGGGCUGCGUUUUGGCUUCUGCUGUGCCUGUGUGCAACUUGAAAAUCCUUGCCGUCGAAUGGCUGUUGCUGACGAGUGACAGACUAGGCCCACGUGGGUCGACCUAAAAGACUGACAGAAACGGUGACGGACUGACGGCCCUUCAGUCAGUCUGACAGAAUGCUCUUUUAACAUUGUUGAAAAAAAAUGUAAAUACGUAUUAUGUCAG